AUGAAAUACGUGAUACUUUUGUCCUUGAUAUUGGGAAAUUUUGUGAGGGAUCGUACGCCGGUUGUGAAAGUUAAGGAGGGCUAUUUAAGGGGGAUGGUCAGUGAGGAUGGGAAGAUAUACCAAUACUUUGGGAUACCAUAUGGGAUGGUGACGAAGGAAAACAGAUUUCAGGCGCCGCUACCACCACCCAAAUGGAACGGAAUCUUCGAAGCUAUUAACGAAAAUAUCCGAUGUCCACAAAAAAUGAUAGGCCCAGUUGUUAUGGGACACGAAAAUUGCUUGAAAUUAAAUGUUUACACACCAGGUAGAACAAUCGAAAAAUCUCUUCCAGUAAUGGUUUUCAUUCAUGGAGGUUGCUUUUUAGAAGGUACAGGCUCAUCAUUUAUUUACGGCCCUGACUUUAUCGUACAACAAGAUGUCAUAUUCGUUGGUAUUAACUACAGAUUGAACAUUGAAGGAUUUCUUUGCUUGGGUAUCAAAGAAGCACCUGGUAAUGCGGGACUUAAAGAUCAAAUAGCUGCUCUGAAGUGGAUCAGAGAUAAUAUAGCUGCUUUCGGUGGAAAUCCCAAUAAUGUGACAUUGUUUGGAGAAAGUGCUGGGGCUGUGUCAAUUUCUUAUCUCAUUUUAUCUCCGGCUGCUAAAGGUUUGUUUCAUAGAGCUAUUUUACAAAGCGGAGCCACGAUUGCGCCUUGGGCAAUUCAGCACGAUCCAAUUAAAACCGCCAGUGAUAUAGCAAAAACAUUUGGCUAUUUAGGAAACAACCCACAUCAAAUUUAUGAGGUUUUAUCUAAUAAAUCCAUUCCCGAUUUAAUAUCUGCGAUAAAAUAUACAAAAAAUAGGAUGUUUACGACUGCUCAACCUUUAUUUUCUCCAUGCGUUGAAAAACAUAUCCCCGGAAUAGAGCCGUUAAUUACGAAAUAUCCAACGGAAACAAUAAAAUCAGGAAAUUACACAAAAGUUCCAAUUAUUAUCGGCUAUAAUAAUAAAGAAGGAAUAUAUUUUGCUUCAAAAACUCAUGGAAAUAGCAUAAAGAAAGUAGAUGCGGAGGUCGAUCCGCGUGAUCUCUUCCAAAACGACUUGCAGUUUCCCAACGAAGAAAUAGAAAAUGCAACAAUGACAACUAUUAUGAACAGAUACUUCUCACUAAACAAGGACGAUGCCAUAAUGGAUUUGGUGGACUUAAUUUCCGAUUUGCACAUAAAAUAUCCUACAGCAAUAGAAUCUAAUCUAUACACCAUGACAUCUGACCAGCCAAUUUAUUUCUACCUUUUCAAAUACGAUGGAUACAUAAAUAUGCCGAAAAUAAUAUCUGGUUUCAUAAACAAGCCAGGUGCCUCGCAUGCAGAUGAGCUGAUGUAUCUCUUCAAGCCGCAUACAUUUCCCUUGCCUACCAGAUACUUCGAGUUAGAAAUGAUAAAGCGUAUGGUGACGCUUUGGACCAACUUCGCCAAAUACAGUGAUCCAACACCGAAAACAAAUAAACUGAUACCAAUUCGAUGGAGGCCGAGUCGGUCGUCGAACCCCAUAGGCCUCGUCAUAGACAGACGGCUCACCACAGCGCCUAUGUGGGAUACUGCCACCAUACAGUUCUGGAAUAAUACUUACACUAAAUAUAGAAGAAAAGAUUAUGGUUUUACUAACGAUAGCUUUAGUUUAGUA